CAAACUCCUACCCAGGGAGUCCAGCUUGACUAUGAAUCCUUUUGGGUAAAAUUUUAAGUCAAAAGGAGUAGCAGCAACUGAGAGGCUACCAAUCUGCCAACCUAUCUUAUCUUGUUAAGAGUUUUUCUGCACCAUCUUCUUCUCUUCUCUUCACUCAAAUGGCUUCUGAUCUCCUCAAACUUCAUGUACAAACUUUCAAAACAAGUGCUUCUUCAACCCGAGUUCUACAAACCAAAACCCUCUUGCCACCUCUAUCAUGUUCAAUUCGUUACCAAUACAAUUCCUAUAUCUCUUCUCUCCCAUCAACUAUCUCUCGCAAACUUCAGUACCAGGCUCUUUCUCUGCGCUCAUCCUUAUCUCUCUCCACCCCACCAACGACCAAAGAAGAAGCCAUCCUUCAAGCCAAAACCUGCCUCUCAACUACCCUUGAAAAGCCUCUCAACAACCCCAAGCUUGCUGGCAAAUUCAGGAAACUAAAACAACCCAGAUUCCGUAUUGAAAUUCCAGUCAUUGAUGACUCACCAUCCCCCCUCGCUCAACUUGCUUUUGAUGUGUUUAAGGACCUUCUCAUUAGAAGGAAAGGUUCAUCAGUCAAGAUCUUAAUUCUUUGGCCCGAUGUUGCCUUCACAGAAGCUGCAGUAAAACUCUUUGAGUCGCAUUCUGUAACACAAGUUGAGCAUGUUGUGUUAUCUUCAAUUCCUAAUGGAAAUAACAGAAUUUUGAGUUCUGCUGAUGUGGCAAUAUUUUUGGCGCCAGAGGAGUCUCAACUGGCAGUUAUAAAGACAGUUUCUGAGACUUUGUAUCCAAAGCCAGUGGUGAUUUUCAAUCCCAGAUGGGCUUUUGAAGAGGAGGAAAAUUUUGGUGAUUUGAGUGGUUUUGUGGGUUCUUUUGAUGUGAUAUAUUCAUUUAUGGGAUUGGAAGUUCAAGGUAUUUUGAGUAAAAGAAAAGGAGUUAUUUUCAAGUGUGUGAGAGAUGGAGUUUUGAGUGGUGAAAGGUGGAAUGUUCUUGUUGAAGAAGAAGGAGAAUUGAAGGUGGUUUCUAGGUUUAAAGGGCGACCAUCGAUAGGUGAAGUUGAGAUUGUUUUGUAUAAUUUGAUGGCUAUUAACUCUCCCAUAACCAAAUCUGCCAAGUUUUUGAAAGAUUUGGUGUCAAAUGUAACUGGGAAAAAGUAAGUUUGGUUGUAUACUUUGAUGAAAAUUUUCCCUUAAAUAAUGAACUUUAUGAUUCUGUUUCUUGA